AUGGACAAAUUUUCCAGUCGACCUAACAUCAUGAUCAUGGGCGACUUCAACGCACCAGGAACAAACUGGAAUACCCUCCAAGCGUCAGGUCCAAAAUCGGCAUUCGAUUACCGCCUGUUGAGCAAAACAUUAAAUGCAUGCCUCAUCGACUUCCAGAAGGCGUUCGACACUGUGCCACACCAGGGGCUUUUACAUAGACUACAAAAAAUAUGGAUCGGUGGCAACUUCCUUAAAUGGAUCGAAAACUUCCUUGUGGGUCGACAGCAGAUUGUGUGCAUCGGUCAAGGGAAGUCAGAUCCUGCUAUGGUCGACAAUGGUGUCCCCAAGGGUUCAGUAUUGGGACCCAUUUUGUUCCUUAUCUACGUGGACGAUGCCGCAAGAGCUUUAGACGGCGAAGUUACAAUGUCUGCGGAUGACAUGAAGAUGUGGAGUGUAAUUCGGGGUCCUGCCGACGAAGACGAAUGA